GUCAAGAUCUUAUAAACUCCACAUUCCAUAAACGCAUAUCUCCUCCUCCUCUCCUGCCAUUGUUGAAAGCUUUUUUGGUCUCUCUCUCUAUAGCUUUUGGUGGUGGGUUUGGGGGAAGAAAUUUAUCUUGUUAAUUUAUUGCUUGAGGUGGGUUUUGUUUGAAUUUGGGGUUUGAAAGAGAGAUUGGAAGGUGAAAAAUGGAGAGAGAUUUCUUGGGUUUGAGCUCCAAAGAGCCCCAGGCUGUGGUGAAAGAAGAGGUUCAUACUGAUGGGUACAAGGAGAUAGGAGUUGCUAAAGGCCCUGUGACACAAUGGCCAUUCACAAACAAGUUCUCUGCCCUUCCUCAUUUUAUGUCAUUUAAGGCUGCUCAAGAUGAUAAGACAAAGAAGAUUGCGUCGGAUGCUCUGAUGUCUCCUGCAUUCAUGGCUAAAUCAAGUGCAGAUGCUUAUUGUCCCGGUCAAAUACGUUCUGGGGCAGAGAACCAGAAAGCAUUCAAUCACAAUAGGCAAGGUGUGAGACAUUUUUCUGUGACUGCUUAUCCUCCGCGAAAUGAUGUGAAUUCUGUGUAUCGUCCUCAUGAUGUGAAGAUGUUUCCAGUGUCGAACAAAACAAUUUCAGUCUCUCCAAGCAUCCCUUUCCUCAAUAAUGGUUUUCCCAUUUCUGGGCAGAACUUGGCUGGCAGGGGCAUGAAGCCACAGUUACUGGGAGGAGUUCCAGUUACUACUCUGCAUUCAAUUAUUCCCUGUAUUGGCUCUGUUAAUGAGAUCUCUGAACCACGUAGUGCCAAGGCCUUCAACUCUCCUGCUCAAUUGACAAUAUUUUAUGCGGGCGCUGUGAAUGUAUUUGAUGGCAUAUCUCCUGAGAAGGCUCAGGCUAUUAUGCUGUUGGCUGGGAAUGGGGCAUCCAUGGGACAACCAAAGAUUCAAGUGCAGGCCCCAAUCUCAACUCCAGCAGCAGGUGAUGGUGUUCCUGUGAAUCACCUCGUGAACGCAGCACCAAACUCUGAUCUUGCAAGUUCUAUGUCUGUCUCCUCACAUAAUGGUGCUCAGUCAGGAAGUGGGUCUACCACCACUGAGGAAAUAAAACCAGCUAAAAUUACCGGAGAUGUAACACCUCCUGUUAUUGUACUUGAGCCUCCCAGAACGCUGAAAGCUAUGGGUUCUGUUGCUGCAACAACCAUGAUAGCAUCAGCUGUUCCACAGGCUCGGAAAGCAUCGUUGGCUCGGUUUUUGGAGAAGCGCAAGGAGAGGGUUCUGAAUGCAGCACCGUACAACCUCGCCAACAAGUCUCCAGAACUGCUGGCCAUGAAUCCAUGAGUUUCUCUGCAACCUGUGCAGCAAGAACUGCUUUUCUCCUGGCAAGGAAAGAGGAGUAGACUAGAUCCCAAUGGAGUCUAAGUAGAACUCAUUAAUUGAAACUGUGUAGCAAGUUCAUAUUGUAAGCACAUCGCUUCCAUUUUUAUUGAAGUGUCAUAUAUAUAUAUAUAUAGCCGUGUACUGUUACUUUUUUUGUUCUAUCUUCUCUCUUCAAGAACUUGGAUCCUUGUUUCCUACUUUAUGAUCUUUUAAUUAAAAUUUGUAGCCAUUAAAGCUUGAAAGCAUUAUUA